GAAAUUAAUUCUCUUUCAGAAUUGUUAUGCUGGCCAUGCUGGGCUCGAUCGGGAUGACUAUGAUCAUCCUGGCCUGUGCGCUUCCAACAUACAAAGUCUGGUGGCCAUUCUUCGUGCUAUUAUUUUACAUCCUAUGUCCCAUCCCGACGCUGGUCGCCAAAAGAAACCAAUCGGACGACGAUGAGUCACGGAUCACCCAUUCCAUGUUCGCCACCAUUGGAAUCGUUAUCAGCAGCUUUGCGUUGCCGAUCGUCCUCGCUCGGUCGUUGGUGAUUCACUGGGGAGCAUGUUAUCUCACUUUGGCUGGUAAUACGAUCGCCUACAUCACCAUUCUUGGCUACUUCUUCGGGUACGAAUCGGGUGAUUCCUGGUAGAAGGGCAGUAGCCAUGUAAUCAUAAUCCGAAUCACUGUGAACAACAGUGUAUGAAUUCCAAACUUAUACAGCAUAGAAGAGUCAAUCAAUUUGGGUUACUGCGCAGUGAUGUGUCUAUUUAGGGGUUAAAAGUAAGAACUACUUUUCGAGAAAAUAAUCUGAACAGAGCGUAGUAAUUAUUUGGUUUAGUUAAUCAUUUAUUAAAUUAGAAUGCAAUUAAGUUUCCGCGAUAAAUGCUAGGAACAGUUAAAUUACAUAGUGUACUGAACAAACUAUCGAAAUAAUUCAAUAAAUGGCGUGAUUAU